AUGUGCGCUGUGUUCCGCGGUCGGGGGCUGGCUGUGUUCCGCGGUCGGGGGCUGGCUAUGUUCGCGGGCGUGGGCUGUGAGCGCGACAGGCCUUGGGGACGGAAGUCGAUGAUAGAGUCCGCAGCCGAGGCCGGGAACCGCUAUGUCUUUACCAACUGCUCACAGAACUCCGCCAAGACUGAGCAAAUAGUACGAGGCGACUGGCCAAUGGAAGGGCGGCUCUGGUCGACAUGUGACCGAUGGGGCGCGGAGCCAUCCCAUAGCUGCCUGGAUAUAAACACGGAGCAGGAGAAGGUUCCUCAGCUCCCGCGAGGACACUGCGGAAGGACAAGAGGACAAGUGGUACCCUGUCUGCGGCAAUCUUCCAACACGAUGGACAGUCGUUUACUGUUGGUCUUUGUAUGUGUCUGGGGCGUGGCCAAACCUCACCCCUCCACAGGCAACCUGUUGGCCACCAUCCGCGCCACCCAGUCCAGUCUGUUGGACUUCCGCGGAUACGCCCUCAAUGCUAUCGACAGGAACACGGACACCAACUACGAGAUGGGAUCGUGCAGCAGCACCAAGGUGGAGGCGUCGCCCUGGUGGAGCGUUGACAUGUUCUACCAUUACCACGUCUACGUCGUGAAAAUCACCGCCGGCCACUUGGGAGGCGGCAUCAGAGGAGCCUCGAUCCUCAUUGGAGACUCUGCGGCAGUCGACGGCAAAGGAAAUCAGAUGUGUGCAACGGAAGUGAAUGUUCCCCCGGGCGAGUCUGCCUACGUGAACUGCAAACCAAGGGGCGUGCACGGGCGGUUCAUGACCAUCACCAUCCCCGGGAAGACGGCAUGCCUGGUACUCUGUGAGGUGGAGGCUUUCGGGGCACACGAACCUCACUAACUCUCACGCUAAUCCGGGUGGAGAACAGAUCCCGGGCCUUAACCCUGGGCCGCUCUGCCCUGCCCCGCUUCAAGCAAAACUUAACCGCGAUCCAUCCAUGGAAUGUGCAGCCGGCUCCGAGCGAACGACAGUGGGCUGUUGGGUGAGGAAUCAUCGCCGGAGAAAGAACCACUUCCGCAAGCGGCCGGAGACCGGAAGCUGGGGCGGAGCCGCUAGCGGACGCCGAGCACUCUGCCGGCAACACAGUCUGCCCCGCUCCUUCCCACUAGGCUUCUAAUGGCUUCCGCUCCGCUCCGUCCCCGACCUGGAUCUGUGCUGCAGCCCGUCGGUCCCCGUCUGACGGGCCUGUGCCCGGCCACCACCUGCCUGCACUGGGGCGUCCUCUCUCUGAGCCGGGGUACGGCCCGCAACCUGUGCAUCUUCUGUCUGAAUAAAUCUAUGCUACGGCUGUUUGCAAACC